AUGGACCCACAGACACCGGACAACCCAGCCAGCCAGCAACUAGUCGGUCAGCGCCACACACCCACACAGCCGCUCACUCACUCGACAGACGAGCCGGCCAGCCAUCUUGCCAUUCAUCCAUUCAUACGUCUAUUCAUUCAUUCAUCCAUCCAUCCGUCCGUCCGUCCGUUUGUCCGACGUCCCGGCGGGCUGGCCGGCCGGCAACUAGUCGCUUCACAGCAGUCCUACUCCGCUUGCACACCCUACCUACCCCAUGCAGUCUUCCCGGCAGGCCCGACCACCCACCCACCCAACCACCUACCCACUGAACCCCCCGGCCCAGCAGACCUCCGGUAG